UUCGGUGGUCAGAACCGUCAUAUUGUAUCCCAGAAGCGAGACUCCGGCGGACACGAGCUCCGUAGCGGAGCCUAUUACCAAAAUUCAGACCAACAAUUCACGCGCCUCCCUCCUUGGAGGUUCUUUUGACCCGGCAUUUCGACGAGGCGGUGGUUUUCGAGGGCGAGAAGGGUACACAAAUGUGCCCCCGCGCCCUAAGAAACGCAAGAUGUAUAGACCAAAUUCAAUGUGGACGUGGUCCUUCUGUAUUGUGACCCUUUUCCAAGCAGUCGUCACACUCGCUCUAGAAUGUUACGUAUUCGCAGACUUCCAACUCAAACUCUAUGAGAUAGCCGUCAAUGUAACGGCAUCCAAAACAAUUCCGACCUUUUUAGCACUGUACAGUUUCGGUUUCAUCUAUGAGUUAGUGCUGGUCUACGACGCACUGCGCCUUAAAAAUACCAUUCAAGUCAUCGGGCUGUGCGUAUGCAACGUUGGCCUAUUGAUCUACGGUGCCGUGCAAGUGGAACAAAUUAAAGAUGCGAUCGGAGUUUUGAAUGACAAUACAGCCAUUGAUCCGGCUGUGUGGGGACAAAUCAAGCCUUUCCUGAUCAUCAUCCCAUGCGUUGUGGCCAUGGGCACGCUGCUGAUGAUGAUCGUGGCUUGGAAAUUAUACGAUGAAUUUGCGUGGUCCAUCUACAAGCACAUUAGCGCUGAUUUGCGAAUGAAGCGCCGAUACCUCACAUACCAGAUCUACAUUGCGCUCCUCAAAUUCGACUUCUUCUUUUUCCUCGGAUUUACUGUGCAAUUCGUGGUCAUUGUCACUAACCGGCACGAUGCCGAGUUUGCGCUUACUCUGGCGGCUAUCCCGGUCACAAUCUUGAUUUUGUUAGCUGCUGCUCUUUUCGUUCGGCGCGAAAGUUCUAUUGGAAUGAUCGUAAUCAUUCUCCUCUACUUUGCUGCGCUGGCAUAUUUCUUGUUCAAGCUGUACCGCAUUUACGACAAGAACACGUACCAAGAAUACCUCCAAGCGCAACGGUCCUUGACGUUUUUCGCCGUCAUCACCCUCGUUCUCAUCGUUAUGACUAUUAUCAACGCUUGCAUGUGCAUGCAUAACUUCCACAAGGGCUUGAAACCGCACGUGAAUAGGAAAAAGGCCCGCAAAGACGAGGAGAAGACCACAGAGCUGUCUUCAAACAUUGCCGGCCAAGUGCCCAAUCGGAUGAUGAUCGAUUGAGCCCGAGCAUGGUCGUACAAUUUCAUGAUUUCAAGAUAACA